GCCUUCUCUCUCGAGCUGCAGUUCUGACGUAACUGUCCCUAUCUGCUAUUGCUGCAAGCUGCCAUUAGUAGGUGAGGGAUGAGCAGGGCUGUGUAGGGCCAAACUAGCCUUCAGCCUUCUGUUGAGUCAGGAAGCCCAGGAGGGUCCACUACAUCAGAGGACCAUGAAUUUGACCCAACGGCUGACAUGCUGGUUCACGAUUUUGAUGAUGAACGAACAUUAGAAGAGGAAGAAAUGAUGGAAGGUGAAACAAACUUCAGUUCUGAAAUAGAAGAUCUUACAAGGGAAGGUGAUAUGCCAAUUCAUGAGCUUCUUAGCCUUUAUGGCUAUGAUGGUACUGUACCACUACCAGAAGAGGAAGAAGAGGAGGAGGAGGAGGAGGAGGGUGAGGGUGAAGAUAAUGAUAACAACAGUGGGUGCAGUGGAGAAAAUAAAGAGGAGGCCAUAAAGGAUUCAUCAGGUCAAGAGGAUGAGACACAGUCCUCUAAUGAUGAUCCAGCACCAUCUGUGGUACAGGAGAUAAUUCGUCCACGGCGCUGUAAAUACUUUGAUGCAAAUAGUGAAAUAGAAGAGGAGUCUGAAGACGACGAAGACUACAUUCCUUCAGAAGACUGGAAAAAGGAAAUUAUGGUGGGCUCCAUGUUUCAAGCUGAAAUUCCAGUGGGUAUAUCUAAAUACAAAGAGAAUGAGAGAGUGUAUGAAAAUGAUGACCAGUUGUUAUGGAACCCAGAUUACUUGACUGAAGAUAAAGUGAUUGACUUCCUUAAUGAAGCUUCUAGACGAACCGGAGAUGAAAGAGGAAUAGAUGCAAUUCCUGAAGGAUCUCAUAUUAAAGACAAUGAACAGGCUUUAUAUGAAUUAGUAAAAUGCAAUUUUGACACAGAAGAAGCACUAAGAAGGUUGAGAUUUAAUGUAAAAGCAGCCCGAGAGGAACUAUCUGUCUGGACAGAAGAAGAAUGUAGGAAUUUUGAACAAGGAUUGAAAGCUUAUGGAAAAGAUUUUCAUUUAAUUCAAGCAAAUAAGGUACGAACAAGAUCUGUUGGAGAAUGUGUGGCAUUUUAUUACAUGUGGAAAAAAUCAGAACGAUAUGACUUCUUUGCUCAGCAGACCCGAUUUGGUAAAAAGAAGUACAACCUGCAUCCUGGCGUAACGGAUUAUAUGGAUCGUCUUCUAGAUGAAAGUGAAAGUGCUGCAUCCAGCCGAGCACCAUCCCCUCCUCCUACAACUUCUAACAGUAGUACUAGCCACUCAGAGAAAGAGGACAGCACAACCAGCAGCAAUAAUCAUAAUGGUGUAUCCACUAAUGGACCAGGAGAAUUGCCAUGUAAAGAAGAAGUGAAAAUUGAAGGAUUGCACAUAAAUGGACCAACAAGUGGUAAAAAAAUUUCUGUUGUGGACUUUGAUACAAAUGGCUAUGAAACUGAAAAUCUUCCCAAUCAUUCUAAAUUUCUUCAUUCAAAUGUGAGGAAUGAAAAUGAUUUUGAAGAAAAAAAUGAAAGACCAAUUAAAAGAAGAAGAGUAAACAGUAAUGAAAAGGAAUCUUCAGGUUCUUCAGAGAUUUUCCAAGAACCAGUUGCCCAUGGAAAGUUUGAAGAACAGGAGACUGUGGAAGACUGAAUAUUUGGAUUUAUUCUUCAAAAUAACUCUUGGUGUCUGAAAUUUUCAGGGUUGAUAGGUUGCCUUUACAGAUUCAAAUCCCUUAAUAUAAUUUAUUGAGAUUUUGAACUACAUGUUUGUUGCUUCCUAAUCCUAACUGAAGAUAUACUUUUUUUCCACCAACCCUGAACUGCAGUUGAAAAGAGAACAUUCUGUUGAAGAAAGUAGUUUCCUGCUCAGCCUGUCAAGGAAAUCAUCUGUUAGAUUUUUUCACAGCAUUAAACUACUGUACAAAAUACCUGUUUCAAAAGAUCAGAUAGCAAAAUACAAAGAAGAAUUGAUAAAAAUGAAAUGUGGCAAUCUUUCUUCAGUCUACAGGAGGAGAGGCAGUGUUGGACAGAUAAAGAAUGCCUGUAAAUCCUGAAAGUUGUAUGAAAGAAUAUUUUUAUAUAAAUAUAUAGAGAGAAAUAUUUAAAAAUAAACCAAGUCAGGUUUGUGUAUGUAAAAUUGUUGACAUCAGUGAUGUCUUUCCAUAUUCUUAUCUGGAUAUAAGAAAUACUUCCUGUAUUUUUCCAGAUUCUUUGUAGCCUUUGAAAGAUUUUUACAAUACAUGAGUCAUGACUGAGCUGUCAUUUCUAAAAAAAAUAAGUGUGUAAUUUUCAUAAUAUGUACAAUAUGGUAAACUUUUACAAGAGUUGACCUGGAGAGUUCGUCAGCUUCAUUUUAUUUUGCUAAACUUUUUAUUAACAAAAUAAUUAUGUUUCAGAAAGCAGUACAGGUUUUAAAUAUUUAACUUUCACAUCCAGUUAUAGAUCUCCAAAUGUUCACAUUUCUAUCUUGGAGCAAACUGUGACAUAAAAUUUUGGACUUUAGCAUGAUGCCUGAAUUGCACAACUGUUCUUGCUUUUAUAAUUAUUUUUAUGAGACAGAACCUUAAAAUCAGCAGAAUGCUUUAAUGUUGCUAACUCUUGUUAGUCAAGGUCAGACAUUAUGUUAUUCAGCAUUUUCUUUUUACAUCUGGGUGAGUGCGGUAGAAUUAAAUGAAUCACAUAAUUCUGGCUGCUUUAAUGAGGAAGAAAUGCACAGUUUGAAUUUGGGGUCUGAUCAAGCAUCCAAGAAAUACGCUUGGAAUCACAUUGCUUGUUGCUUCUUAGGAAGCAGAAGAGGCUUAUUGCUAUAUAUGUAUGAAUAUGCAUGUAUACGAGGUACUGUAAGGGCUGGUAACCUUUAAAAAGUUGCCAGAAAGAAAUCCUUGACGAUGUGAUGGGAAUAACCCCAGCAGUAGCCAUUGUUCCCAUCCACAAAAGGAUUUGGAUUAUGGCCAUGAUGGGGAUUUUCAGCAUCAGUUUAUGAUUGCCAUUUAGAAUGAUCCAUAGGAAGUUUUUUCUCCCCUUACAACGGGCUAUUUGUUAUAGUAUUAUGAACAAUCUGCCUGUGUUGAGGUGUGCUUACAAACUUACAACCACCGUUUCACAUUGGUCUUAUUCCAUAACUUGGCAAUACGUUUAUUGUUUGGUCUUUAAUUAUAAAUGCCAUCAACCUUGAAUUAUUAAUGUAGCUCCCUGCUUUCUUCUGAAAUGUUCUGGAUGAAUUCUCUCAUUUAUCUUAUUUAUUGUCUACAGCUCAGUGUAGUAUAUCUCAGCUUAAUUUGCAGAUCUACAAUGAAUUUUUUCAUCUUGUAAAACUUGACUGCUUUAGGGGAGGUGCCAUGGCUGACAUAUCCCAGUUUUGUUAAUAUGGGAAUCCAAAGGUUUCGUAACCUUGUUUUUAGAAAGUGUUUCAGAGCAAGACAGUGCAAUGCUUUUAGAAAUCUUGUUGCAACUUUGAAGACCUAUUUUUGUUCCUUAUCUAUAUAUUUUGCAAGUUGAAAAUGUUCGCAGAACAGUUCAUAAGAAAGUUUAUAAGUAUAUUGUUCUCAGGCUUGUAAGUAAAAUAUAGCACUGUGUACAUUUUCAGAAAUUUUACUUUGGUCUUUAAUCCAACCAUGAAUUGUAUGCCUAAGAAAUGUCCUGACAUUCCGUAAUCAAUAUGUAAUGCUCAGCUGUUCCUAAGUAUUUAAUUAUAAUGUGCAUUUUGUUUAUGCAGGUGUUUAUACAAUAUUUUAUUCAUGUUCUUUAAAAUGCAGCCACUAUAACUUGAUAAGACAUUGCACUAGUAGUACUAUUUAAAAUUCUAGUAAUAUAGUAACCUGUUCAAGGAACUUUAAUUCAAUUUGGAAAAAUUGAAAACUUUUGCUUCCAAAUUGGAUUGAAAUAACAGUGCAGCUUUGUGUAUAGUAAUUGUAAUGUAUAUUUUUACGCACUAUUGUGUCCUGAUCCAUGAAGUGCAUUGUGAGCAGCCUGAAUCAAACCUUCAGUUCAACAGGUCUAACUGUUGGCUUUAUCAAAGGGUUUAAAGUGUAUUUUGAGAGAAAUCUAAAAAUUUGCAAAUUAGUUUUUAUAAAUUUUUCACAUAGUACUUUUGCACUGUUGGUAAUUCCUGUGUCCCUUCCCUAGCUCCCUGUCUUCAAUUCUGGAAAAGCUUAUUAAAGUAUUUUUUUAAACACA